AUGGAGAACACUUCAAUUAAAGCCAAAGAAAAGCCUGUUAACAAGGGCCACGCUAAAUAAUAGGAACCUGAAAAUGUAAUAUUAAAAGGAAGGGGGUUUAGCUUAAUGAUAAGAGUAGUUGUAAAUAGUAUGCUCUUGGAUGGAUAAUGCAUGAAUAAAGAAGAAGAUGAAAUUUAAUUCUAAAUAAGAGACUUUAUCAUAAGAUGA